AAAUUAAUGCGCUUUAUCAAUAGAUAUAACCACUUGAAAUUGAUCGGCGCGUUUAUAUAAAUGUUCAAAGAUGACAUCUCUUCAUUUACUGUCAACACAACCGCUCGCCUGCUCAGGAAGAAGUAACUUCGAAAAUGGCGCAAGCUAAGACCGUGAGCAUGAUUGACCCCUCCCAGCUCCUACGACCUGAAGAGUCGUUCACAGACAAGCCGGUGAACGCUUACCGGGACUACUCCAUCGACGUCAACGAUCCCAUCAAGGAGCGCGUGCGCAGGACCUACUACGAGAUGCACUCCAAGAUGACCGUCGAUCUUGUUAAAGAAAAACGCGCGAAAUGGAUGAAAUUCAACCACUUUAAGGCUACUAUUAAGGAAGGACUUAUUAAGCUGAACGAAGUGGUUGACGAGUCCGACCCUGACUUGGACUUGCCGAACAUCGUUCACGCCUUCCAAACGGCUGAGAGGAUCCGUGAGGACUAUCCUGACGAUGAUUGGUUUCAGCUGACCGGUCUUAUACACGAUUUGGGCAAGGUCAUGGCACUGUAUGAUGAGCCACAAUGGUGUGUUGUCGGUGAUACAUUUGCUGUGGGCUGCCAGUGGGCAGAAUCCAUCGUGUACGGAGUCGAAAGCUUCAAGGACAACCCCGAUACCUACAACCCUAAAUACAACACGAAGUACGGCAUGUACAAACCCAACUGCGGCAUUGACAACGUGUUAAUCUCCUGGAGUCACGACGAGUACCUCUACCAAUUCCUCAAGCACAACAAGUCCACGAUACCCGAGAAGGGUCUUAAGAUUAUCAGGUACCACUCGUUCUACCCCUGGCACUCUGGCGGUGAAUACGCUCACCUCAUGAAGGAGUCAGACAAGGAGGUACUCAAGUGGUGCCGCGAAUUCAAUAAAUACGACUUGUAUACGAAGUGCGAGACAAUCCCAGACAUCGAAGCCCUGUGGCCCUACUACCAGGGACUUAUCGACAAGUACAUCCCUGGCGUCUGCGAGUGGUGAUCCAUACGUUGGCUGGAAGAAACUACCAUCAAAACAAGCCUAGUUGUAGAUAUCUAUCUUAUCGAUGCCAUAUAUUAUCAGUAUUUUUUAUAUUAAGUCAGUAUUUUUAGAUAUUUUUGUUUUUUUCUAAUUACCAACUCAUUCUUAUUUCGUUUGGUUUGAAUAUAAUGACAAUAUUUCUAUCAAAGAAAAAUCGGAUUAUCUAAUAUAUAGUUGUACAUAAUAAUAUUGUGAAUAUUGUGCUAUUGUUUCAUUAUUAUAAUAUUCGAUAACAUGUUGCAGCAUUUAAAAAAAAUGUUUAUUUGUAUUAUAUAGUAACAUUUUUAACCAUUUAGUACCAGUGUUUAGUUUCGAUAAUCAAAUACUAUAUAUAUAUACAUGAAACUGGCUGAUAAAAGUAAUAUUUAUAAUUUAUUCAUUAUAAUUAAUUUAAUUUUUAUCAUUAUAAUGGAAAGGGGCUCACAAAUUAUGGGGUUAUUCCAAUGGUUUAAUAAAUUUUGUAAACACAAA